ACCAUUUUCUAACAAGAAAUAACUGUUAAACAAGGUGUCACAAAACAUGUUAAUUGCUCUUUCAUUUAUACAUAUUUGCGUCUCCACCAUCGUGCGUCCACCGCACUUAGUUCAUUUUAUGAUUGUCGUGAAGAAACUGUUCGAUAUUCGAACUGCAUGUUUCUUUUUUUAUUUGACGUUUGAUGUAUAACCUCUUUUGUUAAUACAGAUAACAAAUUUUGGAGCUAUGGUUUUUAAAGUGCUUUUAAAACUGUGUUGCAUUAUUAUUUUGUGUUAUUUAGUUAUACUUUGGUGGAUUGGUGGUAAGAAUAGUAAGAGUUUAAACAGUAAUGAACUGUGCAAUGGAACUACAAAUAGUUCAGUUAACGAGCCUCGUGGACGGACGCUUUCUAGGAGUAAAAGGUUCUUAGUGUUUCCUGAAGGCAGUUCUCUCCAAUUGGUGUUUUGCGUCCAAACGUCAGCUUUGAUACCAAUAGGAGACAUCUUCCUCUAUGGAAACACGGCGGCGCUGGCGUGGAAUCUGCCCACGGAUCCAAAACUUCUUCUCAUGCUGAAAGAGUACGACAAAACCGCGCAACGCCGAGUAGACAGCAAUGUGUAUUACUUGGAUGAUAAGGGCAAACUGAUUGCUAAGGUGCCUUACAAAAGACGCACUAUAAUUAACCCCGCGUUCGCCAAACGAAGCAUCGCUGAUAAAAUAAGUUAUAAGGAAAAGCUUAAGUUAAAGAUAGACAGAAUGAAAAUGCACGAAAGACAGUUGAAGCGAGAAUAUCUGAAGAAGGAUAACUUCGACCCCGAUAGCAUCGAGUUCCAUAGACAUAGCAGAGUUGGUUUGUACGAGAAACUAGCUCCGUUGAUUACUGCACUGGGAGGCGACGGUCGACAGUGCGUUCUUUACAAACUAUGCGAGGCAGCGAAGGCUUCGGGGCAAGGCACAUUCCUACAGGAGAUGCUCCGAGUUGUCUUUACGUUGCCAAAAGGGAGAGAGUUUGAAGCAGAUGAGCACAAGGAUUACGACAAAGCGCAUUCAGUUCGAGACGACUGUGCGCGACUGUACCCAGGCUGUCGGCAGUUCAACGUACCUUUGCAGUUCGAUUCCUACUAA